UAAUUUGAACUUCUUGUAUUUCUGUCUUCCACUGUCACUUCCCAGCUCUAGAGAAGUUUGUUGAUUGAUAGUUUGACACCCUGUGAACUCACUGCUGGUUCAACAUGUCUGCACCUGCACCUGAACCUGUGCGAAUUGAGAAAGUCCUGAAAGAACACCUGGACAAUCUGAAUGAAAAGGAGCUCAGGAAUUUUCAGUGGUAUGUGACAUUGCAUCGGGGAACUGACGGUAAAUCCAUCGCGAAGAGCCAGCUAGAAAACGCUACCAGAGAGGAAACUGUGGAUAAACUUGUUUCUUUUCACGGGGAAAGCGGCGCUGUGGAAAUCACAGUGCACAUCCUCAUGAAUCGCAUGAAUCACAUGGACCUGGCAACAAGGUUAACUCAAGCCAUAAUGCGCCGAAACGUGGAGCAGCAAAUACAUGAACUGUUGUCCUCCGCUGUGAGAGACACACAGAGAUUCACAGAUUCAGAUUUGACUAUCACUCAGGAUCUUACCUGUUCAGUUUGCCUAGACAUUUUCACUGAGCCUGUGAUGCUGCAGUGUGGCCACAGCUUCUGUAGGACCUGUGUGCACAACAAGGAGAAGGGGAAAAUCUCUCCAAAGUGCCCACUUUGUAACCAAAUUAUACAAAUUGACUUUGAACCUCAAAUUAAUUAUGCUCUGAAGAAUUUGAGUGAAAACUAUAGAAAAGGAAGAAGAGGAGAUCUCAGAAAUGACAUAUUUCAGACUCCUUCCAGGUCCAUCAAAGAGAAGCGGGAAACUUUUGAAAAGGUCAAAGAAUUUUGUGAUUCAUCCAUUGAGCAGAUUAUGAGUCAGAGACACGACGCAAAGAAGAAGAUUACGGACGACUUCAAGAAGCUUAAUUUCGUCCUCAAGAGAGAGGAAGAAACCAGCAUAGCUGAAUUAGAAAAAGAAGCAACUCAGAAGAUUGGUAUGAUGCAGAAGGUAACAGAGCUCAGCAGAGACGCGUUCUUGCUCUCUGACACUAUAAAAGACCUGCACGAUUUAGGGGCUGACAACUCGCAGCCUACUUACAGAACUUUAGGACUGAAAUGGAACGAGCUCAGAAUGUACUGCCAGAUCCACAGCUACUUCCACAAGCACUGAUAAAUGUUUCCAAACAUGUG